UCUUUGUACAUGCAUGUUUAUAUAGAAAAACGCAUAUCAUAUGACUUAUAAACAUAUGCUAACGGUUUAGUGUUGAUAUUAAAAGCAGAUUAAUAAGCGAAAUCAUUAAUAAAUGUCUUUAUGAAAAUAUACAUGCAAGCCGCCAGGUGUUUAUCUACUGCGUAAUCACCCGAUAACUACUACUAUUUGGUUAUCUAAUCUAACAUUGCAAUUUUGAAUGAUCACUUUAAAGCUGCAAUAAAGACGACUAUUGUUGUUUAUUUUUAAAAAGUUCACUUAAGUUUUUUUUCCGGCAACACUUAUCUUAUCUCUAUCUUUUGGUUAAAAUGUUAGGCUGCACUUAAGACCGAUUUAGUUGUUACAGAACAGAUAAUGCGCUUUAAAUUGUAUCAAUUUGUCUUUAAGGAGAAAUAUUUGGUUGAUGCAUGAUUUUUUAAAGCCAAUCAAGAUGCAUUAUCUUUGUCAGCAUAUUGAUUUCCAAAUGUGAUUUUUCAAGGGAUAUAAAAUCGAGGUUGUUCUUCUAAGCGAAGUUUUAUGGUCGUAGUUGUGUUUUCGAUAACGAUAUACAACUGAACAAAAACUCCAACCUAUAUGGGAUAUAAAUAAAAAUUGCAACCACAUAAUCAGGGCCAUCUCUAUCUUCCAUUUGACCAAGAAAAUAUAUGCAAUGGGUGCUAACCCCCAUAACAAUGCAUCGUAAACACGUACCAAAUUAAAUGUACCUCCUAUGAUGGGUAUAAAAAUAUCGUUAUUCUCAAAAUGUAUAUGGUCAUUGCGCACCUGCACUUUGGAACUUGACCUAGAAGUGUCAGGAACGUUAAAAAUUGUCACUUCACAAAAUGAAUUUUUUCCAUACACAAAAAAAAAAAGCUUUUUAGAAAUUUAAAUAAGACCGUAACUGCAUCAGCACUGAUUAGUACCGCUUGACUUUCUUAUAUUAUUAAAUUAUCGCAAAUGCUUUCUACGAGGCCUGUCUUACAAUAAAUUAAAAUCACAUCAUCUUUGUGUAUAUGUUUACUUGCGUUGAAUACACAAAUUUUCUGUUACUACAACUACUGUUGAAUUGCGCUACGUUUAAUGUUCAUUCAUUGCUGUGAGACCAUUAAAAUAUAAUGUGUGUGAUUCAUCAUCAUGCGAAUACAGAAAGGAAAGUACAUUUUACUUCCGUUGAAAUCCAAUAGUUCAAAUUCGACUCAAGCCUCGUCGGAUGAAGAUGAAGAAGGCACUGCUAAGGCGGAAGCAGAAUUUUUGAAAAGGUCCGAUAAAUUUCGGGCUAAAGUUAGCGUCGCACUGCGUGGCUAUAAACCGCGUCGUUGUUAUCAUACACCAUGCAAAUUAGGCAAACGCUUAGUUUGUUGUGUAUUCGCAGCGUUUAUGGUGCCAUGGUUUUUAUUUAUGAUACUCAAUGAUCUUUCGUCAAGACAUUUUUUUGAUCUUACAGAUGCUUUAUCUGACUGGAGUUUUGACAUUUCACGUAACGUGACCGAUUAUGUCUUGCCCUAUAAUGACACCACUUUACUGGAACCUCGCCAUAUUUGUCAGGAAAAACUCUUUUUACUGAUAAUGGUUUGUUCAAGCAUGCGUAAUUUCGUUGAAAGACAAACGAUACGCGAAACUUGGGCUAAUAUCACUGAAUUCAACUAUGGCCAGUUUGAGCAAUUACACGCGCAUCUAAAGGACAAGUAUUAUCCUGUAAAACAACAACGAAUAGAAUUUUAUAAAGAUUAUCUCAAAUUGCAGGGCAACCAAACCACUACUAAUUUACCUCCUAACUUGCCGGUGCGUAUUCUUUUCUUAGUAGGGCGCAGUCGUGGUGAACAUUUGGAGGGUAAUGAAACACUUUGGCGCAUACGUCAAGAAGCCGAACAGUAUGAUGACAUCAUCCAAGAGAAUUUCAUCGACACCUACAAUAAUCUAACCGUGAAAUCUGUCAUGGCUCUGAAAUGGAUUAUCAAUAACGGCUGCCAUCAGCAGGCUGCCUUCUUCAUGAAAUGUGAUGAUGACACAUUCGUAAAUGUGCCGAAUCUAUUGCACUUCCUUUUGGGCGGUACAAUACCUUUAUAUAAUGAUACAUUAGACUUCUAUGACCAGCAUUCAAUUAAAUUGUUGCAUACGUCAGCCGGACGUUUAAAUGCUACUAUCAAAUAUCUGGUGGGACAUAAAUUCUGUUCUGUACGGCCUGUCGAAAAUGUUUCAAGUAAAUGGUAUAUGCCCUCGUAUAUGUAUCCAGGUGAUAAAUAUCCAACCUAUCUAUCCGGUGCCGGUUACAUGAUGUCCAUGGAUCUGGUGCCGGAACUUUAUAUGGCUGCUUUGAAUACAAGUCUUAUUUAUUUGGAAGACGUUUACAUAACUGGUAUGUGUGCUCAAAGAGCUCAUCUCAGGCGUGUUCACCAUCCGUUAUUCAGCUAUAAAAAUUCAAAAAAAUUGUGCACAUUUAAGGGCACCAUAAUAAGUCAUGGUAUAAAGGAAGACAAUAUGUACAUGGCGUAUAACGCGGUCGCUAAUAUUAGCAAUCGUUGUUCACCCCCUGGAAAGUAUUUUAAAUUUAUACGCUUACAGAAAAAGAAUGACUGCGAUUAGGAAAACCAUAUAAAGAAUAGUGUUAGAAUAUUUAUCUAAAAGUUUAAAAUGUAAAUAGAAGCUCAUCUGUUAGUUAAGUUGACUGAAAAGACUUAUAUUUAUGAUUUAAGAUUAAUUCUCUCCAAGAGUUUAGUGGCUAGAUUUAACUAUGGAAUGCAACGAAACUGAGGAGUUUAAACGUUUGUUCGCCUAUUUACAGUUUUUUUACAUUUAGUUAAUAUACGUACGUAUAAGUUUGCUUUAAAUAUUUUUUAAGUUAUCAAUAAUCAAUAUAUUAAGCUUGUGCGGAUGUAUGUAACACUCACCCACCUUUUAAUAUUCCGAUCAAUUUAAAAUUGUUUUCUGCAUUGACCUAAGCUGUCUAUCACUCGUUUUUCAUAUUCAACCUAUAGGAAAUAAUUUGGCCAUCGUAUUUACAUUCUUACAUCUCAUCUUGAAAAAGUCAUUGCAUAAAAAGCAUUUGCGAUUUUCAAAACUUCUCGACAAGAAUCACUUGCGGCAUACUAAAUUAAUGUGACUAAUUGAAAACGGUUGGGCCCAUUUUUUGAGUCCUCUUCAUUAUAAUCGAUUUGGCAGAAAGUUAGCCUUUCUAUAGCGGAACGGCCUAAUUUUUGAUAUCUUAUGAAUCAAAGUAGUCUAAACUAGUAAUUAAACUUAAAAGUAAACAAUAUCAAAUGUAUUUCUAGGUCGAAUUUCUGGUUUCCUCUCAAUGUAAGUAUUCCCAUGAUAACUAAGUUUUCAUAUGGCAUCAAAUGAGCCCUUUUAGUGUACAUUGUUACGAAACUACCUACGUGAGGAAUAAAGGGGUCUUUGAGCAGAAAAUUAAUUUUGUUAAAUAUGGACUACUGUCAGUUCACACUUUAGACCCACUGGCACAUAAAGGCUGCUAUAACAAUUAUGUCUGCAGCGAAAGUAGAUCUACCUUCCAAUAUUUUAUUAGGGAAGGAAAUCAAUUUAACGACUGGCCUGACCUGGGCCCGCUAUAAUGUUUCUACUUAUUUUUAAGAAAGAAGUUUACAAUUUUUAACCGAAGAAUGCAUGUAACCGUAAGCACAUUUUAAUAUAACAAUUUGCACUGUAUAUAAAGUUAGACCAGAUCAGUACAGCGUCUUUUUGAUUAUACAUCCAAUUAACGAAAAGACGCUGAACUCUUUAAUUACUUUUUUUUAAUCUGCGGCACACUUGUUGUUCUUCACCUCAUCUAAAUAAAUUUAAUGAUAAAUUAUGUGAAUAUAAUUAUUACCUAAAAAUUGUUAAUUGGUGCACAUACGUUAUUCUGUCCUAACUCCUGAUCAAUUUUAUAAAAUAAUUUAUAGUUUUUACUUGACCUCAUUUAAAAAUAAAUUGAAAACAAUGCAAUUUUUAUAAAAGCACAAUAAAUUGAUAGUUCUCACACACAA